CCUGCAAAUUCGUUUAUUUAGCUAUGUUGAACACAAAUUAUAUUUUUAUGAAAAGGGAUGCGUGACAGACACAAUGCCAUACUUUGGCUCAGAUGAAACAGUGAAGGAGCUGAAGAGGGCUCUAUCCAAUCCCAAUGUCCAGUCAGACCGGCUCCGUUACAGAAACUAUGUUCUCCGGGUCAUCAGGUCCAUGACCCAGGGGCUGGAUGUUUCCUCCCUGUUUAUGGAUAUGGUGAAAGCCAGUGCCACUGUGGACAUUGUUCAGAAGAAGCUGGUCUAUCUGUACAUGUGCAACUAUGCCAGCCACAAGCCCGACCUGGCACUGCUGGCCAUAAACACACUGCGCAAAGACUGUGCCGACCCAAAUCCCAUGAUCCGCGGCCUCGCCCUGAGGAACAUGUGCAACUUCAGGAUGCCUGGAAUCACAGAGUACAUUCAGCAACCCAUCCUCACAGGCCUCAGAGACAAAGCCUCUUAUGUGAGGAGAGUGGCUGUGCUUGGCUGUGCUAAAAUGCAUGGUCUACAGCCUGGUACAGAGAUAGAUGCUUCUGUGGUGAACGAGCUGUAUGCUCUUCUGAGAGAUCCUGACCCUGUGGUUAUGGUGAACUGUCUCCGAGCUCUGGAGGAGAUUCUGAAGGAUGAAGGUGGUGUAGUCAUCAAUAAACCCAUCGCCCACCACCUUCUCAACAGGCUGAAGGAUGUGGAUAGUUGGGCUCAAUGUGAGGUCCUGACUUUCCUGCUGCGCUACCAUCCUCGUAGUGACAACGAGCUCUUUGACAUUCUCAGCCUAUUGGACGACUUUCUGCACAGCAGCCAUGCCCAUGUCACAGCUGCUACUCUCCGCCUCUUCCUCCAGUUAGCCGCCGCCCUCCCAGCAGUGCAAGCAGACGCGGUGCUCAGGGUACGGGGCCCUUUACUGGCCACAUGUGGUGCUCAGUCUCGCGAGCUAAGGUUUGCCGGCCUCUGUCACGUCCAGCAAAUCCUACGCAGCCAGCCAGAACAGUACGGUGCCCACUACAAACGCUUUUUCUGUGGCUACUCUGAACCCAGCUACAUCAAGUUCCGAAAGAUGGAAAUUCUGGUGGAGCUUGUGAACGAUGAGAAUGUGGCUUUGGUUCUGGAGGAACUGCGUAGUUACUGUACCGAUGUGUCUCCAGAACUAGCCCAGGCAGCUAUCACUGCUAUAGGUCGUAUAGGUCGGACAUACAGUGAACCUUGCCUAGACAUCCUUACAGGACUGCUGGCUCUUAAACAGGAACAUAUCACCUCUGCUGUGGUUCAGACAUUUAGAGACCUGGUCUGGCUGUGCCCACAGAACGUGCCUGCCGUGUGCCAUGCUCUAGAUGGCUCUGAGGAGACCAUACAGGACUCUGAGGGGAAACAGGCUCUCUUAUGGCUGCUGGGAGUGCAUGGUGCUGAGAUCAGUAGCGCCCCCUAUGUUUUGGAGAUCUACAUUGAUGGUCUGAAGGCUGAAUUAUCCCCCACUGUCAAACUGGAACUGCUGACGGCCACAGUGCGUUUGUUCCUUUCCCGCCCAGCAGAGACUCAGGAUAUGCUUGGACGCUUGUUACAUUACUGCAUAGCGGAGGAGAGCAAUAUGUGUGUGCGUGACCGUGCCCUCCUCUACUACCGCCUGCUGCAGUGUGGGGUUCAGGAGACGAAGAAGGUUCUGGCCGGACCUAAAUCGGACCCCUCCAUGGCUGUCCUCACGGGUCGACUCCAGGAACCCAUCGGCCAAUGGGCUUCGAUUUUCAACACCCUGGAGCCACUGUGUGGGGCAGAAUCCUGGCAGGUGACUGCAAGUGGGCCAGAAUCGGACAUCCUUGCCCAAAGAACUGAGGGAGAUGCGAUCCCGGUCCAUAGAACCGAGGAGGAUGUAUUAGCAGGGACAGCAGAGGAAGGACUGUCUGGCGUGUCACACACAGAUGAGGAGCUUAUGCUCUCUGCAGGUCCCCAUCUAUCCCAUGAGGCCUUUGAGCGGCUGUGGUUGGAGCUGGGCGUGUCCCACUGUGAGGCGCUGGGGUUCCCACGUCCCCAUUCUGCUCCCGAAACCCUCCAGGCAGCCCUGCAGCUUGUCAAAAUUCAGACUUUGGCCUUCAGUCGCGGGGAAACAUUGCCCUGGAAGGCCUAUGUGUACACACACAGCUGCGGGACUCUCAUACUGGCUGAGUUGUUACAGAAAGACUCAGAGGACUCUGAAGGCAGUUUGGUGGUAUCAGUCAAACAGCAAUCAGAAAGAGAGCAGGCUGUCCAAGGGUUUCUGACAGUGCUGAGGAGGGCGCUUCACAGUCUGAGCAUGGAAAACUGACUAAUGUCAAUUUAAUAUGUGACAUCAUAUUUAUCUUUGUGUUUCCUCAGUAUCGGAGAGGUAAAAUCCAACAAAGCCAUCUCUCUCUCUCCCUCCCUCUCUUACACUCCCUGUAGCACAGGCUACAACAGAACUGCUCAACUGUGAGUUAAUAGAGGA